UGUGUGCCCUGCCUCUUUUCAGGGCCAAGCCUACUUCCUGGUGGAUGAGGCAGCUCCUCCGUGUUGUCGUAGUAAGAAGUCCGGGGGGCAGCUGAAGGGACGGUGGAGGCUGUGGAAGCUCCGUCAGCCGUUAGUUAGUUAGCAUACUUUGUUAGUUGCGUUGCUAAUUUUUGACGAAACAAUGGGAAGCACCGUGAUGGAGUCCAGCAAGGAAAGCUCGAAGAAAAUGCCAAAGAAGAGGAGAAGUCUGCGGAUUAACAUGCCAGAUUUUGGUGCGUUUGCUUCCCCUCAAGUGGAAACGAGUGGCUCAACCAAAAGUGGCUCUCAGAUGGGAGUGCGUCACAUCCGUUCGGCCAGCCCCACCAAAGGAGUGUCUCCGAAGACCUCACUGCCCCCAUGUCCCCAGUCUGCUCCAGUGCAAUUAAAGUCUAAUUCAGGUUCACCCAAAACUAUCUUCCCUUAUCCCUUGUAUCAGAACUCCCCACCCAAGUCCCCCCGUCGCCUGAGCUUCAGUGGUAUCUUCCGAUCAUCCUCCAAUUCUCCAACUGCAAGCAUCAAAAUCUUUUCCAGAACCAGGAGAGCCUCUGGACUCUCCACACCUCCCACCACCCCGACCCAGGCAUCCAGCCAACCUGUGUUCACCCAGGAGGCCCAGCAGAGCGGCCCCAGCCCUGAGCGCCUGGAACCGAGCUCUCGCGCUCGCUCCCUCUCCACACCUCCGGACACAGGACAGCGCCUCAGCCUUCCUUCUGCUAAACCCCCGAUCCCCUCAUCGAGCCCUGUGCCAUCUUACUCUACCUCACAACAAGUCUACGGUUUAUUCGAAGGCAUGCUGGAGAAACUUGAACUAGAUGAUGAUGCUGCUGAACCUGAGAGUGAUAUUUACAUGCGCUUUAUGAAAUCCCACAAGUGCUACGAUAUCGUUCCCACAAGCUCCAAGUUGGUUGUGUUUGACACAGCGCUCCAAGUUAAGAAAGCGUUUUUCGCCUUGGUAGCCAACGGUGUGCGAGCUGCUCCGCUAUGGGACACAGAGAAGCAAAGCUUUGUGGGAAUGCUAACAAUCACAGAUUUCAUCAUCAUACUACACAGAUACUAUAAGUCACCAAUGGUGCAAAUUUAUGAAUUAGAGGAACAUAAGCUUGAGACGUGGAGAGAGGUUUACCUUCAAGCAACAUUCAAACCUCUAGUCAACAUAUCGCCGGAUGCAAGCCUGUUUGAUGCAGUGUACACCCUCAUCAAAAACAAAAUUCACCGCCUGCCUGUCAUCGACCCUGUCACAGGGAAUGCACUUUAUAUUCUCACACACAAGAGGAUCCUCAAGUUCCUCCAGCUGUUUAUGUGUGAAAUGCCAAAGCCAGCUUUCAUGAAGCAGACUCUGGGUGAGCUGGGGAUUGGUUCGUACCAUGACAUUGCUUUCAUCCACCCAGACACACCCAUCAUCAAAGCACUCAACAUCUUUGUGGAGAGGCGAGUGUCUGCUUUGCCUGUGGUGGAUGAUUCAGGAAAGGUUGUGGAUAUUUACUCCAAGUUUGAUGUGAUUAACUUGGCUGCUGAGAAGACGUACAACAAUCUGGACAUUACAGUGACGCAGGCGCUGAAACAUCGCUCUCAGUACUUCGAAGGAGUUAUGAAGUGCCACAAAAUGGAAACUAUGGAGACCAUUGUGGACAGAAUAGUCAAAGCUGAAGUGCAUCGGUUGGUGGUGGUGGAUGAGUGCUCCAGCAUCGAGGGCAUUGUUUCCCUGUCGGACAUCCUCCAGGCUCUGGUGCUCAGCCCUGCAGAUGCCUGUAAGGAGGAGAACCUGACUGAAUGAGAGAGGAGUGCAUCAGCUUUAGUGGAGAUGUGGUGGGAGUAAACAAAUUGAAAGGUUAAAGUCGGGAGUGUGAGGCUGAGUGGAGCCAGUCUGAAGUUCCCAGAGACGCCUGCACCGGAUGCUCUAUAAAGGCUUGGAAUCCAAAGAGCUAGACAGCUGAGUGAAGUGGAGUUCUGCACUGAGGAUCAUUUUUUGGGGGGGUUAUUUCUGUUUGUUUGAACACUGAUCAGAUGCACACAGUUCAUUACAGAGUAUAUAGGCACACACACAUUCUCUCACACACACCCACACAUACAGACAAAUACAGCCCCUCUGGGUAAAGGGAGAAAAGUCAAGUCAGAUUCUGAUGAGUUCAGGACUCAGUGUUUUGGGAUUGUGUAGUUCCAGUGAUGAUGCUGUCAUCAGAUGACGUAAGCCUCAUAUUGUAGUUGACACUGAAUGUCAUCACCUCCAGGAAACUUUGCUGUGGAAAGGUGAACAUUCAGAGAUGCAACUGGGUUUGGAAGCCAAACUACACUUCAACUACAGUGUGGCUGUUUUAUGACAGUUCAUAAAAAAGGAUGUUAGCCCGUGCCAAUAGAGCGUUCAGUGCCCAAUCUUGAUUUGUGCCUUUUGUUUUACCAUCUCCACAUUGGUUUUGUGUCCUUUGGAUUUGUUUUGACAAAUGAGUGCAAUUAUUUGGGAUUGUAUAGAAGGUGAAUGUGUAAUACUGAAGCAGAUGGCAACUUGUACCGUCUGCUCCGAUGAUUUUCAUUUAUUUGGUUGCAUUUUUUGUGACUAAUCUUUUAAACCGUGUCGAGAAUUUCGAAUAGAUCAAACUCCGGUAAGGAAACCCUAAAUAAAGUCAAAAUUACUUUGGCACUUUUAUGCGGUGCCGAGACAAAAAAAAAACACAAAAAACUGUACAUUAACGAGGAUUCUAUGAGUGAGUCCCUCUUGCUCGUCCCUUAAAGAUGCUGGGGAUUUUUUACAUUCAUUGUCAGUGAUUUUGAUGCUUCAGAUAGUCUGACACAAACAUGCAAAGCGACUCGGUUGUCUCAGCUGUAGCUCGACAGAACUCAUCUCCAUCUUUGACUGUAAAUAGGAUCGUUUUUGGGAAACGUGUCACAGAAAGCUUUAUUUUUAUGAAUGUGUCAACCUGAUUAAAGAGACUGCAGUUUUAAUGUUAUUUUUGUAAAUACAUUGUGGCAAUAUGUCUAGUUCAGAGAAACUUUGUAUCGGAUCAACAUGUACUGUAAAUGUGCAAGCAUGAGAAACUACACUUCAGCAGUAUGAAUGUUAUUUGUUUUACUUUUUCUAUUUUUCUGGCUGCAGAAAAAUAAACGGACACUGAAUGUACUUUAAA